AUGACAAUGUUUAAAGGUGGGGGUGUUUCAACAUCAUUAACCUCAUCAUCAAAACAACAUCUCUUACUAUUUGUAUUAUUAUCUAUAUCGAUUUCAUUGGUAUUCUCAACUACUACUACAACUACAUUCACAAGAGAAACCAAAGUACAUCUUCACAAUGCAAUCAAUCAACAGAAAUAUCAUUACUCGUAUGCAGGUCAUCAUUUGGAACGUGACAUUCGACUAUAUAUCAUUCAAUUCAAGGAUAGUGUAACAAAAGAACAACACAAGCAGUUUGUAGACUUGUUGGAUCAGUUCAAUGCCUACAUCCACCAUUAUAUCCCCAAUCAUUCCUAUCUCGUAGUGUUCCCAGAGAACCAUGCCGACAGCAACACAAUUGGAAUCAUUCGAAAGAAGAUUGGGUUCGAGAGAUUAGAGGAUGUACACGAACUGACAUCUACACUCAAGAUAUCACCUACCCUCGGUCAACAGUCACUAGACUAUUCUCUACCAACUGGUAUUCGUGUGAGUUUGGUUGACUCUAAAUCGGCUGCCUUGUUACGUGUAUCAUUGUUGGAAGAGUUUAAAUCAUCCAACAACAUUCAAUUGAUUGACAACACACAACAACAAGAUACAAAGAAUCCAACUGUAGAGUUGAUGUUUAUUGGUGGCAGUAGUAAAAACUUAAACUUUAUCAAGAAUGUUAUAUCAUGGACAUCACGUCAAUGUCAUGUGUAUUGGGUUGAAAGGUCAUCGUAUGCUAUGCAAAAGGUGUCAAACAAGUAUGCCAAAUACUCUGUUCAGAAUGGUGCACUCAAUGAAACAGCUACACCCAUGUGGACUAGUGGAUUGACUGGUAUUGGUGAGAUUGUAGGUUGUGCAGACAGUGGUCUCGAUCUCAAGCACUGCUUCUUUUUCGAUGCCGCUGGCAACACGCCGUCGACCACUCAUAGAAAGGUGGUGAGCUAUGAUGCGUUGGCCGACUCGACCGACGUCGUUGACGGACACGGCACACACGUUGUCGGUACUAUACUCGGUAGUCCGAGUGAUCCAAACGCUCCACUCGCCGAGUUUAUGGGCGGUGCACCAGAUGCACGUGUUGCAUUUAUCGAUAUUGGCGGUGCCAACCGUGGCGUCCUAAACGGUAUCCCAUCAGACCCCGCCGAACUCUUUAGAUCGACCUAUGCCAACGGCGCACGUAUCCAUUUGGAUGCUUGGAACUCGCAAGACUCUGGCGCCUACUACACAACCAUCACUGCUCAGUUGGAUGCCUUCCAAAGCGAGAAUCUUGACUUUUUGGCUGUGCGUAGUGCCGGCAACAGCCCACUCUUCCAGUUCCAAGGCUCGUACUCGGUCACCCAAGAGUCGGUAUCUAAAAACUCGCUGGUCGUCGGCAGUUACAACCAAAACCCAGUGCAUGCCAUGUUGCAAGCAGACUAUGCUGCCAACACGACCUACACUGAAUACACACUCUCGACAUUCUCGGGUGUCGGACCUACUUCUGACGGUCGUAUCAAGCCUGACCUCUUUGCACCUGGGUCGCCUAUCGUAUCGUCGCGUUCACAAGGUGCGGCUGCUACCGACGACCAUUGCUCUGCCGCCGUCAUUGGAGGUGCGCCAACCCCCUCGUUGGUGGCCAUGGAAGGUACCAGUCAGUCUGCAGCCGUCGCUGCAUCGGCCGCUGUCCUCACACGUCAAUACCUUCGUCUUGGAUUCUACCAAGACGGAGCUACUGCCAACGCGACCGCUGCUAUUGCCAACCCAUCAGGUUCACUUGUCAAAGCAAUGAUGAUCAAUACUGCCAACACCAACCAUGCAUCAACUGUCCCAUUCUCUACUGGAUUUGGAUCGGUUGACCUAUCCUCUCUCAUCAAGACAUCUGGCUCUACCGAAAAGAUUGAUGUUGCCAACAUGACAGAUGCAGUUGCCAAUACUGAAUCAAUGGAUCAAGUUUGUUUCCAGGUUAGUGGUGGUGAUAUCUAUGUCACACUUGUUUGGACCGAUCCAGCCGGCUCACCACUCUCACCAGUUGCCCUUGUCAACGACUUGGAUCUCGUCGUCUACCAAUACAUUGACAGCAACCUCACUCUCUACUCUUUAGAGGAUCAUAUCAACAAUGUCGAACAUCUUGUCAUUCGUAAUGCCCAACCCGGUCGUUACGACAUCCGUGUCUAUGGCUCCAACGUGCCAGUCCCCGACCAAACCUUUUCCGUAGUCACUCGUGGCAACAUUGAAAGAAUCUAUUGUUCACAAUGUUACUAUGAUCCAAAUGAAUACCAAGAACAAGAAUGUUAUGUUGAAAAUGGUAUUGGUAUUCAAUCUUGUCAUUCUGAUAAUCUUUGGGGUACUUGUGAGAUUUAUUCAUGUGAUUCUGGAUAUGUAUUGGAUAAAGGUAUUACUAAAAAAUGUGUUACCAUGUUGGCAUUGACAUUAUACAAUAUUGUAUUGUUGGCAGCUUUUGGUAUCAUUAUUUUGGCAGGUGUUGUAGCUGUUUUAUUAUUCUAUAAGAGUAGAUCAUUAAAUGAUGAAAAAUAUAAAUCAAAACAUACUUCUAAUGGUAAUGGUAAUAGUAAUAGUAAUAAUGGUGGUGCAGCUGGUGGUGGUAAACCAGGUGACAAUAAUAAUAAUAAUACUGGUCGUGGUGGUAAAGCAGUUGAAUUAACAGUUGUUGGAGCUGGUGCAGAUUAUGAUAACAGUAAAAAAGAUAAUAAUAAUAAUAACGGUAGUGGAAGUGGAAGUGGAGGUGGUACUGGUAUUGGUGCUGGUGCUGGUGGUAGAGAUGAUGAUGAUGAUCAAGAACCAUUAAUUGAACAAGAAAAGGUUGAAUAUUCAAUCAUUGAAAUCAUAUCAUUGGCAAGACCAGAAGCUAAAUUAAUCAUUCUUGGUAUCAUUUUAUCAUUUGUUGAUAUUGCUUUGGGAUUGGCCAUUCCAUUGGUAUCUGCCAAUAUCUUUGAUCUACUCUAUUCAGGACAAUCAUCAGAGAUUAACUCGGUCAUUUUAACAUUUGCACUCAUCAUUAUUGGUAUGCUCAUCGUUCAGUUCCUCUAUGGUAUUUUGUUGGCUUUGGCCGGUCACAAGAUCAUUGCUCGUCUUAGAAAGGAAAUGUUCCGCGCACUUCUUAUCCAAGACAUGGACUUUUUCAAUGAACGUAAAACUGGUGAACUUAUGAGUCGUCUGGCUAGUGACGUAUCGUCAGUUCGUAACAUCAUAUCUGACAGUAUCCCACAUAUGAUUACUCAAAUUGCCACUAUCCUCGGUGGUCUCAUUAUGCUCUUCAUUAUCUCUUGGAAGUUGACUUUGGUCGUACUCUGUCCACUCCCAAUACUCAUGGUAUUCUCUCACUUUUACGGAAACUAUAUCGAAGAGAUUUCAAUGAAGGUGCAGGAUGCUUUGGCCGACGCAGCUACACAUGCUGCCGAGACACUAUUCAAUAUCCGUACAGUACGUUGGUUCUCGGCUGAAGAGCGUGAGGUGUCACGUUUCGCAGUGCUUAUCAACAAGUCCUACCAGAUUGCCUUGCGUAUGACCAUUUGGAACGGUAUCUAUAACAGUACAAGCGGUAUCUUUGAGCAGCUAUCCAUCUUUAUCCUCUUGUGGUACGGUACCUCGUUGGUUAGAGCGCGUGACCUUACCCCGUCGAUGCUCAUCGCCUUUAACCUGUUCCUCCCAUUCAUCUCGGGUGCACUCACCCAAAUCUCCACACUCUACACUACGUACAAGUCCUACAAGGGUAGCUCGUACCGUUUCUUUGAGAUUAUGCAGCGUGUGCCAUCGAUCCCUCCCACGGGUGGUAUUCGCCGCGACCGUGUCACAGGUAACCUCGCAUUCAAGAAUGUGGCGUUUAGCUAUGCCGGUGCACGUGACAACAAGGUGUUGAGCAGCGUCAACCUCCAGUUCCAACCCGGCACCAUCACCGCGCUCAUCGGUCCGUCCGGUGGAGGCAAGACCACGAUGCUCUCGCUGAUUGGCCGUUUGUACGAUAUUGAGGGUGGCCAAAUCACACUCGACGGCACUGAUAUUCGCGAGUGGGACCUUGUCAACUUGCACGACCACAUCUCGAUUGUCAACCAAGAGCCAUCUCUCUUUUCCGGAACCAUCGCCGAGAAUGUGUCGUACGGACGUCCCGACGCGACCCGUCAACAGGUGAUGGAGGCAUGUCGUCUCGCCAAUGCACACGACUUUAUCACUGCUAUGCCCAACGGCUACGACACGGUGAUUGGCGAGCGUGGCACAGCCCUCUCGGGCGGUCAAAAGCAGCGUAUCGCCAUUGCACGUACCAUCAUCAAGAACCCCACCGUUCUCCUGCUCGACGAAGCCACCUCGGAGCUCGAUGUCGAGUCUGAGCGUCUCGUCCAAGAAGCUAUCGACAACCUCGUGCAAAACAGAACCGUCAUCAUCGUCGCUCAUCGUCUCUCGACAAUUCUCACAGCCGAUAUUAUCGCCGUCAUCUCUGAAGGUACCGUCACCGAGAUGGGAGCACCCGAACAAUUGGUCGAACAAAAGGGUAUGUUUUAUGACUUUGUCCAAAUCCAAUACGGCAAGCAUAACGGUGACAUCCCAAUCCACAUCCCCACCAAAAACAGAAACCAACAAGACAAGGACAAGUUACGUCUCCGUUCCGAAACCAUUCUCCAACGCGUUGGACAAGGUGCACCUGUCAAGACCAAAAAGGCCGUCAACCUUCUCGACGACGACCCCAGUGGAUCGGUCAUCAUGCAACCAGCAGCCGAUGAUUCAGAGGCACCCAUGUGGCACCAAGCCAAAAAACACACCAAGCGAUGGAACGAAAACAAAACAUCACAUCUUAUUCGUGGCAGCGCAGCCAUUGAAUCACAAUGGCGUAGAGGUGCUGUCGACGACAAACUUAAUCGUUUGGUUGCUAAAACUAGAAAGAAAGGUUUCUUUAAUAAUAAUGAUAAGGGUCAAGAUAUUAAACAAUCUUUGGUUAAUUAUUAA